AUGUAACUCAACCACUUAUAUGAAUUAUCUAAAUAGAGAAUGGCUUUUAAAUCCAUGCUCUCUGAAACCAAAACUAUGCUGAAGAAAAUUUGGGAUAAUUUAUCAGAAUCAAUCAAUUAAAUAUAUGAUUGGAUUGAAGAGUAAAAUGUUGAAGAGAAUACAUAUUUGAUAGAGAUGCAUAAUACAAAAAAUUGGUUGGAUAAAGUAAUUAAAGCUUUUAUCAAAAAGUCAGAUGAAGGAAUAAAAAAGAUUAAGUCAUUAAUUAAGUAAGAAGUUGAAUUCUUAUUUUAGGAUUCAAUCUAAUUAAAAAGAAAGUGAGUUUAAAUGGAAUAAUUUGAAAAUUCAUGAAUUAAUUAAACUGGAAGGUCACGGCGAUGAAGUCUUAACGGUAUGCUUCUCUCCUGAUAGUACUACAUUGGCCUCAGGAAGUAUGGAUAACUCUAUUCGUUUAUGGAAUGUUAAGACUGGAUAAUAAAAAGCCAUAUUAGAAGGUCAUUCUAAUUUAGUUUACUCAGUAUGUUUCUCUCCUGAUGGAAGUGCAUUAGCAUCAGGUAGUGUAGAUCACACUAUCCGCUUAUGGGAUGUUAAAACAGGAUAAUAAAAAGCCAAAUUUGAUAGUUAUCACGAGGAUAUCUGGUCAGUAUGCUUUUCUCCUGAUGGUACUACAUUAGCAUCUUCUGGUUGUGAAGAUAAGUCCUUCCGUUUAUGGGAUGUUUAAACAGGAUAAUAAAAAGCCAAAUUCGAUGGCCAUAAUAAUUGGGUUUUGUCGGUGUGCUUCUCUCCUGAUGGUAAUAUAUUGGCAUCUGGCAGUGCAGAUAACUCUAUCAUUUUAUGGGAUGUCAAAACAGGUUAAUAAAAGGUCUAAUUUUAUGGUCAUACAUCUAAAGUUUCCUCAGUAUGCUUCUCUCCUGAUUGUACGACAUUAGCAUCUGGUAGUUGGGAUAAUUCUAUCCUUUUAUGGGAUCUUAAGAAAGAAGACUAAAAAUUUAAAUUGAAUGGUCAUACUUUGGAAGUCUACUCAGUAUAAUUCUCUCCUGAUGGUACUCUAUUAGCAUCUGGUAGUGUAGAUCAUUCAAUACGUUUAUGGGAUGUUAAGACAGGGUAAUAAAUAAUCAGAUUGGAUGGUCAUACUCAUUUUGUCUACUCACUCUGCUUCUCUCCUGAUGGUACUACAUUGGCAUCUGGGAGUAGAGACAACACUAUUAGAUUAUGGGGUAUUAAGUUGGAAAAAUGAGGUUAUUAUUCAAAUAUAAAGGC